AGUUUUAUGUUGUUUACGAUAAGGAAGAAGAAAAUGGAAGCAUCAUAUGUAUAAUGUGAUAAGGAAUUAGAAAGGCACAAAACCGUUUCCUCUCUCUGCUGUAAGUUGCAGCCAACUCCAUCGUCACCUUCUCAAACUUACAUAUCAGCAUGACCAAAUCAGCUAACACUUUUGGUUAGCCUAAUAAGUCCAGAUUGAAUUAGAGGACAAACAAAAUCAUGGGUUCUAUGAGGUGCUAAACAUGCCUCAUUCCCUGGAAAUAAGCAGCUUUUUUUAAGACACUUUGUAUCAUUUCUCACCCUUCUUUAAAUUCUCCUCCCCACCUGCCCUACUCUUCUCUGUCUUCAGCCUCAGCACUAGCCACAAGCUUUUCUUUUUAAGAAAAAAAGAGAAAUGGAGUUUGCAUGUACUAAACUUUGGGGCACAAGCCUUUGUCUUCUUGUUUUGGUAUGCUCAGUAGCUCAUGCAGAUCCUAUUGUUCCAGCACUCAUCAUCUUUGGAGAUUCUGUUGUUGAUGUGGGUAAUAAUAAUAAUCUGAAUACAAUUAUCAAGGCAAAUUUUCCUCCUUAUGGAAGAGACUUUGUUAAUCAUAGGCCAACUGGAAGAUUCUGCAAUGGAAAACUAGCUACAGACUUCACUGCUGAGUACCUGGGGUUCACUUCAUAUCCACCAGCUUACCUUGGCCAAGAUGCCAGAGGAAACAAUCUCCUGACUGGUGUUAACUUUGCCUCAGCUGCUUCUGGUCUCUAUGAUGGCACUGCAAGGCUAUAUGGUGCCAUUCCACUGACCCAGCAGUUGAAUUACUACGAGGAGUACCGAAGAAACGUUGUAAACUUGGUAGGAAGCGCCAAGGCAGACGAGACAUUCUCUCGUGGUAUCCAUCUGUUGAGUGCUGGAAGCAGCGACUUUAUUCAGAAUUACUAUAUCAAUCCUCUUCUUAACACAGUCUACUCUCCAGAUGUCUUCUCUGAUAAUCUCAUGACAUAUUACUCUACUUUCAUUCAGAAUCUAUAUGGAAUGGGAGCAAGAAGGAUUGGAGUGACAAGUUUACCACCAACCGGGUGUUUGCCUGCAGCUAUUACCCUCUUUGGUGCAGGAAGCAACGAAUGCGUUCAGAGGUUAAACCGCGAUGCCAUUUCCUUCAACAAGAAGUUAAAUAGCACUUCCAAAAGCCUGGCAAACAUUCUCCCUGGCCUCAAACUCGUGGUUUUCGAUAUCUACGAGCCCCUCUUGGAUAUGAUCCUGAGGCCGAGUGACAAUGGUUUCUCCGAGGCAAGAAGGGCUUGCUGUGGAACAGGUAUGUUAGAGACAUCAGUUCUCUGCAAUGCAAGGUCUUUGGGCACAUGCUCAAAUGCUACACAAUUCGUGUUUUGGGAUGGAUUUCAUCCUUCUGAAGCUGCUAAUAGGGUCUUGGCUGGUGAUCUACUCGCACAGGGACUUGAUCUCAUUUCUUGAAGCAGCUUCCACUGUAGUUGGAACAACUUGCUAUUAUUUUCUUGUCAUCUUCUUACAUAUAUGCUAUAUAUGAAUGUCAUCAGAAUACAUAGUUAUGUAAAAAACUUAGUUAGCCACGCACGGCAGCUUGAUUUUAUGUUUUCACCUAAGACAUUCACGCUUCCCUUAAGUAAAG